AUGGCAAGAAGAGAGGAAUGUAGAUAUGCCAUAAAGUACUAUGCAUGCAGGUGUGCUAGAAUACUAAGGUUUGUGAAGAAUGAGCCUAAUAGGGUGAGGCUAGUAUGUGAUGGUAAUAAUGAGGGUGAUAAGGCAAAGAGGUAUACUAAGGGUGAAAAAGUAAGAGGCAUGCUAAGGGUGAUAAGGCAAAGAGGCAUAGUAAGAAUGAUUAGUGUAAGAGGCAUGGUAAGGGUGAAUAGGGUGAAUAGGGUGAAGAUGAACUUGAAGAUUGUCCUUGGUUAUUGUAUGAUGCACAUGUUGGGAAAUGACCCACUGUUUGAUAAGGAUCUCAGAACCAAUCCUAACAUGUCAGUUGCUGACUUCAUGUCAUUGGUGAGAAAACAUUACGGUAUAGAUGUUACUAUGGACCAAUGCUACAAGGCAAAGAAUUUGGCAAAUGAGAGAAUUCACGGAAGCAUUGAAGAACAAUAUGCAAAGCUCUGGGAUUAUUAUGAGGAGCUUAAGAGGAAAAACCCAAGGAGCACAGUUUUAGUGAAGACAUCAUUGCGAGGAGAUGAUCUAGUUUUUUAG